AUGCGGAGUACCUUGGUUGGGCACGGCAAAUGGUUCUCACAGCAGUUCAACAUGCAAACCCCCGAGUCUGCUCUGUCAGCUUUUGACAAGCUCAACAACUUCGUCUACAUCUCAGACCUCGACGAGUUUCCAGACAAAAGCAACCCACCGCUGAUUGUCCUCGCAUUUUGGAUGAACGCUGGACCCUCCGCUUUACUCCGAUAUGUAAAUCAGUACCGGCGCAUGCUCCCUGCCGCUCGCAUUGUGAUACUCCGCUCAGAGACCAAUGACUUCUUUCUUGGCUCCAGUGAUGCAACCCAGAAUACUCAGCUCGCGCCGGCUGUGGAUGCCCUUCGCACGUACGCGGUCCCGAAGAACCCCGUGUUCAUCCACCUCUUUUCCAAUGGUGGCCUGCUGAAGAUUUCUCAUUUGAUGCGGUUGUUUAAGGAGACAACGGGCAAACCGCUGCCCAUCUCGUCAAUGGUUGUUGACAGUGCCCCUGGAGUCACGAGCAUUCAGUCCGCCAUGAAAGCAAUCUCUUUCCAGCUUCCGCAGUUCUGGCUUUGGAGGUUGAUUUCCAAGGCUGCGUUGUGGUUAUACUUGAUUUCUAUGGCAAGUUAUGGGAGGAUUAUCAAUGCCCCCAAUGCGAUUUCUGUGGCUUGUCAGAGAAUUAACGACAGGGCGCUUUACCAGCCUUCUGGGGAGAAGGGUCUUGUGCGAUACUAUAUUUACUCUGAUGCGGAUAAGAUUGUUCAUUCCGAGCAUGUUGAGGAGCAUAUCAGGUCCUCAGAGUCUUGUGGCAUUGUUGUGCGCCCCGAGAAGUUCAAGGAUGCGCAGCAUGUUAUGGCUAUGAGGGCUGAUCCAGAGAGGUACUGGGCUAUCAUCGAAAUGGGCUUGAAGUUCAGUAGAGCUGCUUGA